GUAGUGAACAACAAUGACUCGCGGUGUAGCUUCCUAGUUGACAUUGUUAUAGCUUUUGACCCUUUCAUCUUUCCUCCUUUUGCGCCUCUUGUCUCUUAAUAUUUUUACACAUCCCCUUAUUAUAACUCAAAGAGGGCACACAAACGCCUUCUUCUCAUUGUUAUACUGUAUUAAUUAGCCUCUUGGCCUGCGCCCUUUUCAAACUUCUCUUAUCCACAAGACUUGAACCAGAUCUCCAUGACACUUCACCGCAUAGAAAUUUCUAGCACCAGCAAUAUUACUUGAGAAAAGAAACUUCUCUUUAGUUCAACCCCCCCCUUUCAGUCCUAUCUAUAUAGCAUUCUAGAGAGAAAACAAUCAAUGGCAAAAAGAUGGCGUCCACUCCUUCGAAUCGGCUAAAAUUGACCCCAUCGAACUCGCCUUACCUGCCCCAUCCUACUCGAACUCCCUAUCGUAGCAGAGCCUCGAUAGAACCUCGCCUCUCCUUGAAACGGGUCGUCGGCACUACCUGUGUUUCGCCCACAGGUUUCGACACCGUAAAAUCUUUAUUCGCCUAUAUCGCCGGGGGAGCUGUGGUUGUGGUCGACGUCGACGGAGCUGAAUAUACUCAGCGCUUUUACCGAGCUCGCCCAACUGCCACCCCCAUCUACAGUAUCCCUCCGCAUCCUUACUCUCCUUCGACCCCCACACAGACUCCAAAAGCAAACGACAGUCGAAAUAGAGUCUCGUUGCGAGAAUCAUCCCAUGGUUCCCAUGAUUGGUCCGAAUCUCCGACGUCAUCGUCGAAGACGUGGACAAGUCGAGAACGUAUCAAGGCCGCAACGUGUCUAGCCCUCAGCAAUGAGGGAAGAUUUUUAGCCGUUGGGGAAACCGGCUAUGCUCCUCGGGUGCUCAUCUUCAGCCUGGAAGACAACUCGUCCGAUACCCCGCUCGUGUCUAUUAGCGAGCACGGGUUCGGGGUGAAGGCUGUUGCUUGGUCUCCCGACUCGAAGUACCUUGCCUCCCUCGGAUCUGCGAACGACGGCUUCCUCUUCAUAUGGAAGAUAGACAGCAAAACAGGUGCUGCUAAACUGUUUCAGCAAAACAGAUGCACAUCGUACAUUCGUGGUAUGAUAUGGGUGGGGAACAACCUAAUUACUUUGGGUGUACGUCACGUAAAGGUGUGGAGGGUUGAAGAGGGCCAAUCGCCGUCUCCCGUGAAACAGAAGUUCAUUGGUGAGCCAAACGCGGCCCCUCAGCCACACCAAAAGACGCUGUCCGGUCGGAAUGUGUUACUCGGUAACAUGAUAGACGCGACAUUCUCGUGCGCCGCCGCUAUCGACGAUACAAAGGCCAUCAUCUGCUCUGAGACGGGCGAUAUAUGCCUAUUCGACGAUGCGGACAAGCAGAUGAAGUUGACCAAUGUCCUCGAAAGUGGUUUUGGCACAACCUGCGUGGCGAUACGCGAAAAUGUUGUCUAUAUUGGUGGCAGGUCGGGGGAACUGGCGACCCUUAAUCUGACCUCCUUUUUGGAAUCUAAUCCGGACUGCCUAGAAACAAACGUAGGGUCGUUUGCGGGUCUGUUCGCGAUGGGAUUUCUCGAGGAUAACAUGGUAACUGUCGAUACUAAACGGACUAUUCACGUUUGGGAAUUUGACCAGAACCCCCAGAAACUAGAAGGUCCCGAGAAAGUAGACUUGACGUCACCUAUCCCGAUCUCGGGACACCAAGACUCCGUUCUGGGUGUCGAUGCUCUCAAGCGCCCGAAUGCACCAGAUGCUGAUUUUUAUAGUUGGUCCGCAUCUGGACAGGUCAUAUUGUGGGAUGUUGAUGGCCAGGUAAAAUCUUCUUUUCAGGUGCCUCUCGACGAGGCUUAUUCUGAGGACGAGCCUGAUCUUCUUAACCAAUUAACCUUGGUCCGAGCUACGACGGGCGGCAAAUUCUUCGUUACAGGGGAUAAACUUGGCGUUGUUAAGAUCAUCGACUUUUCAACUCAGAAAUGUGUGGCAUCUAUGAAAGCACAUGCAUCUGAUUGCCAAUUUAUCGACACUUAUGAGGAUAAAUCGAAGUUUGUCAUCGCAACUUGCGGUCGAGACCGUACGGCUCAAUUAUUCCACAAGACGACAAGUGGGGAAUUUGAACAUUUUCAAACGCUCGAGUUCGCCGCUAGGGUGGUCCAAGUACUUGUUCCGUCAGCGGAUAGAGUGAUAACUUGUUCUCUAGACAGAACGUUACAGAUCCAUGAUCUAGUAACGAAAGAUGGCGAACCGGAUGCCAUGGCGGCUAUCCCCUCUAAAACGCUUCCCCUGAAAGGGACACCGUCAAACAUGACGACGGGCUCGGAUGGGAAGUCAUUGUAUGUUUCAUUAAUGGAUCGGUCCGUCUCUAUAUUUGACUUGGAAGGUGGAAAGCUCACGAAUACAUUUAAAUGUAUCGAUGAAACCGGAAUCGAAUCUGUCGUUUUGGAUUCCCUCACGGCCCGAUCCGCUACUGAGAAAGAACCAGCAAUUCUUCUGGGCAUCUCAAAUACAGAUAAGUCGAUCAGGAUAUACGACGCCCAAUCAGGGGCUUUCUUGGAUCGUGAAUGGGGCCAUACGGAAUCUAUCAAUGGCCUAGCAUUGCUUGAGAGCAAUGACAGUAAGCGGAGGAUUGUGAGUGUCGGAUCUGACGGUACGAUGAUGAUCUGGGAGAUGGAUUUGCAGGAUCCAUCAUGGGGUGCUGCUACCGGUGAACCGUCUCCCAUUAAAGAUAGUUCUACCGUUUCUCGACCUACUCUUCGGCGCGUUCUAUCCAAAGCUGAGCUCGCCGAGUUCCAGCGCUCUUCCCCAUCCGCCGGACGACGAUCGCCCCCGAGGACGGUCUCAAAGAGGAGGUCUAUAUUUAAUUUGUCAGCCGCAUCACCGUCUUCUUCCGCAAAGACGCCUGUUCCUCCGCUUCAGACAGGUCCAUCGUUAUCUGUCGUUGAGGAUACCCCGUCUAGGCGACCGUCGCAGGAUAGCCGGUGUGUUAGUCCCCCAGCUAGUCCCAAGACGAGAAUAAAGAGGCGCCCGUCUCUACCAGCUCUCAACUCUGCGAAAACCAAAAGCAAUGGCAAUUUGAGAGCGUUUGGGUCCCUCAACAUGGCUACAGAGCAGGCUUGUCGAACGCUGCGGACCUACCGGAAGAAACUAGCUUCCUCCGAUCCCGUCAGCCAGGAUGUAUUAGCUGAGCUAGAUCAGGAGCUUCGUCUUACCGCGGUUGCAUUAGGCGACCGGGCCACGCGAAGCAAGGCUAUGAGCGACACGUUGCUGAACGGCCUGCUCGACCAGUACUCGGAGCGUUUGGUUGCUAUGCUCGACGAAAAACUCCGGCUAAACUAUCGAUCGAUUUCAGACCAAGAACCAGACUUGCCUAGAAAACGUCCUAGUUCAGCAGCUUCGGCAGCUUCGGCAGCUUCAGCAGCUUCAGCAGGGUCUGCGGCUGCCUCUAGUAGCGAUUCGAAUUCGACGUAGCUCGAAUUGUCAUUUCAUUAGUAUGUACUAUUCGUUUUGUAUAUCACGAAAUGCGCGACAUACGUCCUGCGCCGCCGACGUGGGUAAAAGGGGAGGAGGGACGAAGGAAGG